AUGUCGUCCGAGCCCCAGAAAUACGAAUGGCUCAUCAUCCUGCCCGACCAGGAUGGCGCCCUGCCCCGUCGUAUGGAAGUCAGGCAAAGAAAACAAAAAGAAAAGAAGGAGCGAGAAGAAGAAGAAAACCCCCCAAAAAAAAUAACCCAGGCUAAUCAAUCCACAACUCUCCUCGCCCACACAAACAGACAGCACCUGUCCAACCUGCAAACGUACCCGUCCGACUUCUGGCUGUGGGGCGGUGGCUUCCUCGAGGACGUGCCGAAGGAGGGCGAGCCGAUGAAGAUGCUGGGCAGCGCGAUGCUGGCGUGGGCCGCCACCAAGGAGGAGGUGUUGGAGAAGCUGAAGAGGGACGUCUACACCGAGAACCAGGUUUGGGACUGGAGUAAGGUCCAGAUCUACCCGUUCAAGAGCGCCAUCCGGAAGCCUUUGUGA